AUGGCGCUUUUUGUCAAGACUAUAUUCGCACCCGAAUUCAUCGCAGUGGAAGGACUUCAGGAAUGGGCUCAAUGUCGAAGGAUGGAAAGAGAGUGCUCGGGCCUUACAGAGGGGCAGUUUAAAAUCGUUCACGCUUUUUACAUUAGUAUGCUCGCUCUGAGGUAUCGCACACCCAAUGGCGACCGCGUCAUCUGGCCAAAUCAAUACACCUGGCUACUUCAACAACGUCUCUCACAUUGGGGAGAUGCACUACAUCAGAGCCUUUUACUUGAUGACAUCUGCGACAAAAACAAAUCAGACAGCGCCGCAAAAUUUCUGGCUUUGAUUCAAUUAGAGUCUAUGACUUUGGGCUACAUCCCAUUGUUUAUCGUGACAUAUUUCUUCUGGUGGAACAAACCGAAGGAUAUCCGAUCGCCCUCGAUUGUUGGGCUGCCUGAUAUGACCCCAGAACAAAUGCAGACUUUUGAAUCAAUGGCUGUCAGCAAUAAGUUCGAUAACGAAGGAAUUAAACAUCAGGUUUCACACUGGAAUGUGUGGUAUCUAACUCCUCGUGUUUUUGAAAAGGAAGAAGAAGACAGAAUCAUGCGGGAAGCUAGGGCGACCUCUGAAAAGCUGGCGAAGAAUUCAAUACAAACUGCAAAUCCGAAUCCCGACAUCACAUACACAACUACAAACAACGAAAGCGAGGCCCAGAAUAUCGGAGAGCAAGUCAAAAUCCGAAAGGAUAUAGUUGUGGCUCAUUGGGACCCCGGUCUAUACAGGUCAAAGAUAUGGCCGGUGACCUGUCUGUUCGGAGUUUCCUUUGGCGCUCUGCACCUUGUCUCUUGGAACACCAUAUUUCCAACGAUCAUUGAGUUGUGGCUCUGGCGCGCAUCUGCAUUUGUUUCGAUUGUCUCUAUGCUUAUUUUCAUGCACUUUGAAAAGGUGGUCCUCCGAUGGGACGGAUUUUCGACUUUCGUCAGUUUGGGGUCAGCGGUAUUGUAUAUCCUCAGUCGCAUCGUAAUGAUGGGAGAGGUUUUUGCCGCACUCAGAGGAGAAGAAUCGGCUAUUUAUGAUACCUACGCAUACUCGGCCUAUUGGUUGCCCUUUUUGUGA